AGAAGAAGCUGGUAAGAAUUGCAAUUGCUUUAGAGCUCCCAGGAAGAAGCGAAAUUACUUGAAUGCAUAGUCCAUCACUUCUUUCACGAAGUACACUCACUGCUUUGCAUCACCAAACUGACAUCUAAAGAAACAAGCUUGACAGCAUAAACUGACUCGCGUCUCAAUAUUUUUUCAAGGAUAAAUGAAGAUACAGCAUAGAGGGAUUUAAAUGUAUUUUUUAAUUCAGUCAUGCUGUGAAGAAAUGGAAUGGAACUAACCUUUUGUUAUGGCAACACUUCGCAAAGUGAAAUAAAGCCCAGCCCAGGAAACAAGCAGUUAAUGAACCAGAAGGACAGGUGGCAGAUUUCACGUCUCAUGAGAAGACAAGUUUCUUUGUGGAUUUCAUGAUUUAAUGACUUCAGUACAGAUUCAACAGCCAUGGAGCAGAUGGACUGCAAACCCUACCAGCCACUUUCAAAGGUUAGGCAUGAAAUGGAACUGGCCUACACAAGCUCUUCAGAUGAAAGUGAAGAUGGGCGUAACUUGCGAAAGUCGUACACGUCAAGAGAAACCCUGCCUGACUACGGGCAGGAGCUGAGAAUGAACUAUAACAGCCACAGCAGGAAACGGAAAGCAGCAACUGAACCCACCACACAAGAACUUGAAUUCUGUGAGACGCCCCAAAUGAUAUGCCCCAGCUACCAGUCUGAGCUGCAUGCUGCCCCUCAGCAUGGAUACCCACUGGGCAUGGGCUCCGACGUUGACACAGAAACUGAAGGUGGCCCCUCUCCCGAUCAUGCCCUGCGACUCUGGAUGAGGGAAAUCAAAUCUGAGCACAGCUCCUGCCUUUCCAGCCGGGCCAAUUCUGUCCUUUCCCUUACUGACACGGAGCAAGAGCGGAAGUCCGACGGGGAAAAUGAGAUGCCCAGCAGUCCUCAAGGCCAAUUCACCUUCAGACCUCUCCCGCCACCUCCUCCACCACCCCACGCCUGCACCUGUGCCCGUCCUCCAGCACAUUCAGGAGAAACUCUACAGAGAAAUACCAUGCCGGCCCGCAGUCAAACCAGCCAGGCUGCUGGGGACUCUUCCUCAAACACGCAGCAGGACAGUGUGCAGCUGCACAACAGCUGGGUCCUCAAUAGCAACAUCCCUCUUGAGACAAGGCAUUUCCUGUUUAAGCAUGGAUCUGGCUCCUCUGCUCUCUUCAAUGCGGCCAGCCAGAGCUAUCCUUUAACCUCCAACACUGUUUACUCCCCACCUCCUAGACCUCUCCCUAGAAGCACCUUUUCAAGACCUGCCUUCACUUUCAACAAACCCUACAAGUGCUGCAACUGGAAAUGCACUGCUCUGAGUGCCACAGCUAUCACAGUAACACUAGCCCUUCUGCUAGCCUAUGUCAUUGCAGUACACUUGUUUGGUCUAACAUGGCACUUGCAGCCAGUGGAUGGACAACUGUAUGAAAAUGGAGUCAGCAAACUGGGCAAAGACUCUGAUACCAUAGAAACAACCUUUUCACCAGCUGGGGCACCUGGUUCAGAUAAGCCAGACAAAGGCGAAAAAGGAGACAAAACUGUGUUUCAGAGAGGUAGAGCAAUAGACAGAGGAGAAGUGGAUGUUGGAACACAAGUGAUGCAGACCAUUCCUCCAGGACUUUUUUGGCGGUUUCAUAUUACCGUUCACCAUCCAACAUACGUGAAAUUCAACAUCUCCCUGGCCAAAGAUGCUUUGCUAGGAAUUUAUGGAAGAAGAAAUAUCCCCCCUACGCACACUCAGUUUGAUUUUGUCAAGCUGCUGGAUGGGAAACAACUGAUUAAACAAGAGGCAAAGGUUUCCGAAGAGUCCAGCUCUUCUCCAAGGAAUUUGAUUCUUACAUCCCUCCAAGAGACAGGCUUCAUUGAAUAUAUGGAUCCAGGAACCUGGUACCUUGCAUUCUACAAUGAUGGAAAAAAGAUGGAACAAGUGUUUGUCCUGACCACUGUUAUUGAAACCAUGGAUGGGUGCUCAACAAACUGCAAUGGAAAUGGAGAGUGCAUUUCUGGCCACUGUCAUUGUUUCACAGGAUUUCUUGGACCUGACUGUGCAAAAGAUUCUUGCCCGGUGCUGUGCAGUGGAAAUGGGGAAUAUGAAAAGGGCCACUGCCUCUGUCAUCCUGGCUGGAAGGGUCCAGAGUGUGACAUUCAGGAGGACCAGUGUAUAGACCCUACCUGCUCCAAUCAUGGCAGCUGCAUCAAAGGGGUGUGUGUCUGUAUCCCCACCUAUAAGGGCACCAACUGUGAACAAGUGGACUGCUUAGAUCCCUUGUGCUCUGGCCAAGGCGUGUGUGUAAAGGGGGAGUGUCUGUGCUCGCCAGGCUGGGGGGGUGCGAACUGUGAGACCCCCCUCCCUUCCUGCCGGGAACAAUGUUCAGGCCACGGGUCCUACCUGCCAGAGACAGGAACCUGUGUCUGUGACUCCAGCUGGACUGGUAGUGACUGCUCCACAGAGCUGUGCCCUGUGGACUGUGGCAGUCAUGGUGUGUGCUCUGGAGGAGAGUGCCAGUGUGAGGAAGGCUGGGAAGGGCCUGGCUGCGACCAGCGUACGUGCCAUCCUCGCUGUGAGGAACAUGGGCAGUGCAAGGAUGGGAAGUGUGAGUGUAGCCCUGGCUGGGAGGGAGAGCAUUGCACUAUUGCACACUACUUGGAUGUUGUUGUUAAAGAUGGCUGCCCUGGCCUCUGCAAUGGCAAUGGAAGGUGUACCCUUGAGCAGAAUGGCUGGCACUGUGUUUGUCAGCCAGGCUGGAGUGGAAUAGGAUGUAAUGUCAUAAUGGAGAUGGUGUGUGAUGAUAACAUAGACAAUGAUGGAGAUGGCUUGAUGGACUGUGUCGAUCCUGACUGCUGCCAGCAGGCCACCUGCUACAGUGGGCCUCUGUGCCAAGGUUCACCUGACCCUCUGGACCUCAUCCAGCAGAGUCAGACGCCCUUUAUCCAACUUCCCCCACGGCUCUUCUUCCAGAGAAUCAGGUUUCUCAUCGGCAAGGACACAACUCACGUCCUCCCUGGGGAGAUCCCUUUUGACACCAGUCGCUCUUCAGUGAUCCGAGGUCAGGUGGUUGCAAUCGAUGGGACUCCGCUGGUUGGCGUCAAUGUGAGUUUCUUCCACCAUCCUGAAUAUGGCUAUACCAUCAGCCGCCAGGAUGGCAGUUUUGACUUGGUGGCUGCUGGGGGCAUCUCCGUCACGCUGGUCUUUGAGCGGGCUCCUUUCAUAACUGAGAGACGGACCGUCUGGUUGCCAUGGACACAGUUUGUGGUGCUGGACAAGGUCACCAUGGCAAGAGUGGAAUCUCCCAAGCCCACUUGUGACAUGAAGAACUUUAUCAGUCCCUACCCCAUUGUCCUUCCUUCCCCUUUGACCACAUUUGCUGGGUCUUGUUCUGAACGGGGACCGGCUAUCCCUGAGCUGCAGGCUGUUCAUGAAGAAAUCACCAUUCCUGGCAGUUUUGUGAAGCUCAGCUAUCUCAGCACUCGCACCCCUGGCUACAAAUCCUUGCUGAGGAUUAUCCUAACCCAUUCUACUGUUCCCAUGGGUCUCACAAAGGUGCAUUUGAUGGCCACCAUUGAGGGAAGGCUCUUCCAAAAAUGGUUUCCAGCUGCUCCCAACCUGUCUUAUAUCUUAGCCUGGAAUAAGACUGAUAUCUACGGGCAGAAAGUGUCUGGCUUGACUGAAGCAAUUGUGUCCGUUGGUUAUGAAUAUGAAUCAUGUCCUGACUUCAUUGUGUGGGAGAAGAGAACUGCCCUGUUACAGGGUUUUGAGAUGAUAGCCUCUAACCUGGGCGGAUGGUCUUUGGACAAACAUCACAUCCUGAACUUGCAAAGUGGAAUUCUACACAAAGGAAAUGGGGAGAACAUCUUUAUUUCCCAGCAGCCUCCAGUUAUAACUACUGUCAUGGGUAACGGUUACUAUCGUACAAUCCCAUGUCCAAGCUGCAAUGGGCCUGCACUGGGAAAUAAACUCUUCGCUCCUGUGGCAGUCACCUGUGGUCCUGAUGGGAGUGUCUAUGUAGGAGAUUUUAACUUUGUAAGAAGGAUAUACCCAAAUGGUUAUGCUAUCAGCAUCCUCGAACUGAGAAACAGAGACAUAAGGCACAGCACAAGUCCAGCUCAUAAGUAUUACUUGGCUAUGGAUCCAGUGAAUGAAUUCCUAUAUCUGUCAGACACCAGUAGCAGAAAGGUCUACAGACUGAAGUCUCUCGCUGAGCCCAAGGAUCUGGCUCGGAAUUUUGAAUUGGUGGCUGGAACUGGUGAACAGUGCCUUCCCUUUGAUCAGAGUCAUUGUGGAGAUGGGGGGAAAGCAUCAGAAGCUUCUCUCAACAAUCCUAGGGGAAUUGCUGUCGACAAAAGAGGUUUUGUAUACUUUGUUGAUGGAACCAUGAUUCGCAAGAUUAAUGAGAAAGGAAUAAUAACAACAGUGAUUGGUUCCAAUGGCCUGACAUCAACUCAGCCACUCAGCUGCGACUCCAGAAUGGACAUCACUCAGGUUCGGCUUGAGUGGCCUACAGAUUUAGCCAUAAACCCAAUGGAUAACUCGCUCUACAUCCUGGACAACAACAUUGUGAUGCAGGUGUCAGAGAGCAAUCAAGUUAGAAUAGUGGCGGGAAGGCCAAUCCAUUGUCAGGUACCUGGAAUUGAUCAUUACCUUGUAAGCAAGGCCGCUGUCCAUUCCACCUUGGAAUCAGCAAAAGCUAUCAGUGUAUCUCACCAUGGAGUACUCUAUAUCGCUGAGACCGAUGAGAGAAAGAUCAAUCGGAUUCAGCAAGUCACAACAAAUGGAGAGAUCUCGAUUAUAGCAGGAGCACCAACAGAAUGUGACUGCAAAAUAGAUCCCAACUGCGACUGUUUCUCAGGUGAUGGAGGAUACGCCAGGGAUGCUAAACUGAAAGCCCCUUCAUCCUUGGCAGUAUCUCCUGAUGGCACACUCUACAUAGCUGACCUGGGAAACAUCCGAGUCCGGGCCCUCAGCAGAAAUAAACCUAAUCUCAAUCACAUGAAUAUGUAUGAAAUAGCUUCUGCAGUGGAUCAGGAACUGUAUCUGUUCAACACCAAUGGGACCCACCUUCACACGCUCAACCUUAUAACAGGAGACUAUAUUUACAAUUUCACUUACACAGGGGAGAAGGAUAUUAGCACAAUCAUCAGCAGCAAUGGGAACUCUGUGCACAUCCGUCGGGAUGCUAAUGGCGUGCCUCUCUGGCUGGUAGUGCCAGGCGGUCAGGUCUACUGGCUCACAAUCAGUAACAAUGGAGCCCUGAAGAGGGUCUCUGCACAGGGACACGACCUUGCACAGAUCACGUACCAUGGCAACUCUGGUCUCUUAGCAACCAAAAGCAAUGAGAACAGUUGGACUACUGUUUAUGAGUAUAACAGUGAAGGUCAUCUAAUCAAUAUAACCUUUCCGACGGGAGAAGUUAGCAGUUUCCACAGUAACAUGGAGAAAUCUGUGAGAGUGGAAGUGAACACUUCAACCAAAGAGAACUUUGUCACUGCCACCAACUUCUCUGCCACGAACACUAUCUACACAUUAAGGCAAGACAAUGCACAGAACACGUAUCGUGUCAGCGCCGACGGAUCCCUGCGCGUGACCUUUGCAAGUGGAAUGGAAGUGACUCUCAACACUGAAUCACAUCUCUCUGGAGGCGUGGUGAACCCCACAGUGGGCAAAUGCAAUAUCACCCUGCCUGGGGAACACAGCUCUAGCCUCAUUGAGUGGAGACAGAGGCGGGAACAAGCCAAAGGAAAUCAUACAGCCUAUGAGCGACGGCUGAGGGCUCAUAACAGAAAUCUGCUGUCCAUAGACUUUGACCAAGCAACACGAGUGGGCAAGAUCUACGAUGAUCAUCGAAAGUUUACCCUUAGGAUCCUGUAUGACCAAAUGGGUAGACCCAUUUUAUGGUCUCCUAGUAGUAAAUACAAUGAGGUCAAUGUCACUUACUCACCUGCUGGCCUAGUGACCAAUAUACAGAGGGGAAACUGGUCUGAAAAAAUAGAAUAUGAGAAUGGCAGGAUUAUAUCCAGAACCUGGGCCAAUGGAAAGAUAUGGAGCUACACAUUUCUUGAGAAGUCUAUAAUGCUACUUUUGCACAGUCAGCGAAGGUACAUCUUCGAGUACGAUCAGACGGACCGACUCGUGUCUGUCACAAUGCCCAGUAUGGUACGUCACAGCCUGCAAACUAUGCUGUCUGUGGGAUGCUACCGGAACAUCUAUACCCCUCCAGACAGCAGCACCUCUGUGAUCCAGGAUUACACUCACGAUGGCCGUCUGCUUCAGACACUGUACCUGGGAACAGGGCGUCGUGUCCUGUACAGAUAUACCAGGCAGUCGCGCCUCUCUGAAGUCCUGUAUGACACCACACUAGUCACCUUCACCUAUGAUGACUCUUCUGGUGUGGUCAAAACUAUCCACCUGAUGCAUGAGGGUUUCAUCUGCACUAUCAGAUACCGGCAGACAGGGCCUCUUGUUGGGCGUCAGAUCUUCAGGUUCAGUGAGGAGGGUCUCGUAAAUGCCCGCUUUGACUACAGCUACAAUAAUUUCAGAGUGACCAGCAUGCAAGCAAUGAUUAAUGAGACUCCACUGCCAAUUGACCUCUAUCGCUAUGUGGAUGUUUCUGGAAGGAUUGAACAGUUUGGCAAAUUCAGUGUUAUUAACUACGAUCUCAAUCAAGUUAUUACCACGCAUGUAAUGAAGCACACCAAGAUAUUCAGUGCUAACGGACAAGUAAUGGAAGUCCAGUAUGAAAUCCUGAAGUCCAUUGCCUACUGGAUGACAGUUCAGUAUGACAAUAUGGGCCGAACCACCAUCUGUGACAUCAGAAUAGGUGUCGACAACAACAUCACGCGGUACUCCUAUGAUUAUGAUGCAGACAGCCAGCUUCAAACUGUGUCAGUGAAUGACAGACCACAAUGGCGCUACAGCUACGACCUGAAUGGGAAUAUUAACUUGCUCAGCCAUGGCAACAGUGCACGACUCACGCCACUGAGGUACGACCUACGAGAUCGCAUAACAAAAUUGGGUGAAAUACAGUACAAAAUGGAUGAGGAUGGAUUCCUUCGUCUUCGGGGUAAUGAGGUCUUCGAGUAUAAUUCUAACGGAUUACUGAGCAGAGCUUACAACAAAGCUUCGGAGUGGAGUGUGCAGUACCACUAUGACGGUCUGGGUCGACGGGUGGCAAGCAAGUCAAACCUAAUGCAGCACCUCCAGUUUUUUUAUGCCGAUCUUGCCAAACCAACAAGAGUCACUCACAUGUACAACCACAGCAGUUCUGAGAUAACAUCCCUGUAUUAUGACCUUCAAGGACAUCUGAUUGCCAUGGAGUUAAGCAGUGGUGAAGAGUACUACGUGGCUUGCGAUAACACUGGAACUCCUUUAGCUGUUUUUAGCAGCAAAGGACAGAUAAUUAAAGAAAUAUUGUACACCCCAUAUGGAGAUAUAUACCAAGACUCCAACCCUAGCUUUGAAAUAAUCAUCGGAUUCCAUGGGGGGCUUUAUGACCCCUUGACCAAGUUGGUUCAUCUUGGUCGGAGGGACUAUGAUGUGAUUGCAGGACGGUGGACCACCCCAAACUAUGACUUGUGGAAAGAACUGAGCUUACAUCCAAAGCCUUUUAACCUGUAUUCUUUUAGGAACAAUUAUCCAGUUGGGGAUUUACAGGAAGUCACACAGUACACAACAGACAUUGGAAGCUGGUUGCAGCUAUUUGGAUUUCAGCUUCAUAACGUAGUUCCAGGAUUCCCCAAACCUGAUGUAGAAAACAUGGAGCAGACUUACGAGCUGAUGAAAACUCAGACAAAAACACAAGACUGGGACCCAAGUAAGGUGGUCCUUGGAAUUCAAUGUGAGCUCCAGAAACAACUGAGAAAUUUCAUCUCUUUAGAGAGGCUUCCAAUGACCCAGAUCAGUGGUAUCCAGGAAGGAUGCCAAGACAGGAGGCCCGGGUUUUCCGCCAUUUCUUCAGUUUUCGGUAAAGGUGUGAAGUUUGCUAUAUUGGAUGACGUUGUAUCCACUGACAUUAUUGGAGUUGCCAACGAUGACAGCAGGCGGAUUGCGGCUAUCCUGAACAAUGCCAGAUACCUGAGUGGCCUCCAUUUCACCAUUGAUGGGAAAGAUACCCAUUACUUCAUCAAGUCAGGGCCUUUGGAAGGUGACCUGGCAGUGAUUGGCAACACUGGUGGAGGCCGCAUUUUGGAAAACGGUGUCAACGUGACUGUGUCUCAGAUGACCUCAGUGGUGAAUGGAAGGACUAGACGGUUUGCCGAUAUUCAGCUCCAGCACGGGGCCUUGUGCUUUAAUAUUCGUUACGGGGCCACUGUUGAGGAAGAAAAAGUGCACGUCUUAGAAAUGGCCAGGCAGAGGGCAGUAGAACAAGCCUGGACUAGAGAACAGAAGAGGCUGCAGGAAGGAGAGGAAGGGAUUAGGGCAUGGACAGAGGGAGAGAAGCAGCAGCUGCUAACUACGGGGAGGGUCCCAGGCUAUGAUGGAUACUUUGUGUUGUCUGUAGAGCAGAACCUAGAACUUUCUGACAGUGCCAACAACAUUCACUUCAUGAGACAGAGUGAAAUAGGAAGGAGGUAACAGUGACAAUAGACUGCCUGCCUUUCUUUCACCAAAGACUGCCUGUUUUUAGACAUUCAAUGAUUUGUUGUACUGUUUUUCUAGAAUGACAAACUCUGUAAAUAUAAAGAAAACUGGAGAAAUCAUUUCCAACUGCCUUUAAAUGUGACAAAUGAUGGUAUUUUAUUAUUGUUCCAUUGGGAGUUCAUUUAAAUUUGUGGCCCAUGCUUUGGAGGACUGGGGAUUGCUGAGUUAUUACAAAUUGCUAAAAUUUCCAGGUUAUUCAGCAUUUUAUUUGAGGGCUUUUGUAUAAUCAGAGGGCCCUGCAUUGAUCCUUGAUAUGCAGAAGUAUCUCUCAGAUCAUUUCAUUAAAUUACUUUUAAACGUGCAAACAGGAGCAAUGGAUUAAAUGCCACCUUUUAGGAUAGAUUGACAUAAAUUCUCUGAAAUUACAUUUAGAAAAAAUAAAGUUGAUGGAAAUAGUAUUUCCAGUCCUUAAGAAAUCAGUCAAUAAACCUCACUUACUUGUGAGAGCUUCUAAAGCUUUCAAUAAAUUAAGACAUCUGAGCUAGUCUAAAACUAAAGCAAAAAUCUGUUGGUAAAUGCUGGAGAGAGGUCUUGUUACAAAGCCCUCCAAUGUCAGUCACCUUAAUUCAACACUCUGUCUGCCUCUGCUCUGGUGUUUGAAGUUAUGAUGGUAACAAUGGAGUAGAAUAUAUACAUUUAGUCACAAGGAACUGUAAAUAGCAAGUGCAUUAACAAGAACAAGUGCUAAAAUCAAUAUGUCGUCACCCAUUAUAAUCAAUAUUAUUGUUAAUCUGUAGGCGCAGUUUUUUGCAGACAGUAAACAUUGCUACAAAUAUUCAUGCUAAAAAUCUGUAUAGAGUUUACUUUUCUACAAAUUAUUUAAUGCAUUACAGUACAGAUUAAAGUUAUUAUCUGUGCAUUAUUGGUAUAUAAUGCAUAAUUUGGGUGGAGCUUGUGCCUUUUUGUUUAAAACAAAUAUCUUUUAAGUGUGGAAUAGCAGAAGAGAAUCUUAAUGUUCUUCAAGUCCAUGUUUUUUUAGACCCAGUGGGGGAAAAACUAAUCAGUCGUAAACUGAAACUUUUUAUUCCGUUUAAUAUUGAGUGUUUUUCAUUGCAUAUUCACUCGCUUAACAAAGUUGUAAAAUAUCCCAUUUAGGGAUGCAAAAGUCAUUUCUUAUCGUAGUGCCAGAGCUCUUUAUCAUCACUCACUGUUCAGGAGUUAAUAAAAGACAGCCCCCUGCACAUAUUUAAUGGAAGUAUUAAUUGUAUGUUAUUUGCUUUAUUUUCUUAAAUCAUUUCAGUAAUGUAAGAUUCCACAUGAUUGUAACUUGUGCAAGCAUUCACCUGUACAGUAUUUCUUAUUGAAGGAAAAUUGAAGUGAGGUGCCUCAUAUAAAAAAUACAUACCAUUCUAUUGUCUUUAUACAGUAUAUGUUGUCCAACUGUGUUUUCAUGUAUGAUUAAAAGAUACCCUUCUUUUACAAGACAGAGAAGUGUUGACAACUACACAGACAUUCAUCAAGUGUCAAUUUCUGUAACUGAUUUUUUUCAGUUGCAAAAUAUUAGUAAUCUAGAUUGUUUUAUUAAGAAAGAUGUGCUUUUGUAACCUGAAUUACACCAUAUAAAGGAAGCACCAUGGAUAUAAACAAAUUAUUACACAACAUUGAUUUGGAAGAAAAUGGGUAUGUUCAUUGACUCAUAGGAGUAUCACCCUUGAUUUUAGUGAUGGAUUAAGUUAUUUUUAAAUACAGCUUCUCCGAACAAAGUCUUGUGUUCAAGUUGGUUUACUUAUUCUCUUUUCUGAAAAGAUUUUGACAUCUGAUAAACCAAGUCCUCAAGUGCUGUCUUUAAAGAUCUUGAAUGCAGUGGUUUCACAUUCUGAAGACAUGGAAUGAUGUACUGAUUGCUAAAGACUACUACAGAUGAAGUGAACUGUACCUUCUGGCUGAAGUAUUCUUAACAAACACAUCUGACCAUUCCCUUUUCAAGAAAAGCCUUUGAAAAAUUGUUAACCUUCUCUCAUCACGUCCAUAUCUAUAAUGCAUUUAAAAAACUAAUUUCAUAACAGAGAAUGCACAGUACUUCUGAAACUGCAAAGCAAACAAUAUAGACAUUAAUACUUUUUGAACAAUCUGGCUGCUGUGAGUUCAAUAUAGGGGAACAUUACAAAGAGAUUAUAUAGUAGGAUUGCAACAGAAGACUUCUUAGCCUUCUUAAACUAAAUGUCAAGCAAUUGGAAGGAAAAUUACUAUAACUAAAGAGUUGUAGGAAAUACUUUUAACAUUUAUUGCUAUUAUAUGCCUCCACAUUCAAUGAAGGAUCAUUACAUAAAUCUUAUUUUUAUAUCCAUAUUUUAUAAUUAAUCUCCCAAUAAAAAAUAGGUUUUUGUGGUCCAUUCAAAUAUGUUUUUUCUGAACAAUGCAGUACUAGGUUAAAUUGUCACAAAUGCUCCUUGGGCCCUGCUUCCAAUAUCUGGUCAUCAGAUAUUCUCCACUUUUAUUACUAUAGCAAAAUUAUAAAGAACUCAGUAUUUAAUAGCAGCUAUAGUACAUCUUUAGAAUUAUAAACUCAUACACUGCACCGGUAUUUAAAAACAUUCACUUUGUAUUGUUCUUCUGACAACAGAUGACACACUGUCAUUAUUAAAAAGAAUGCAACUGCAUAUACAUGUGGUUUGUUAUAUCUAGGAAUCUCUUCAUGCGAUUUAAAUUAAGUUGUGCUGUCUAAAUCAGAAACUAACAAUACCAUUGGUCUAAUAUGGCUUCUUCAUUAUGGCAAAAUAUAAGCAAAAAGUACUUCUAAUAACUUCAAAUACGCCUUUCAAUUGUACAUUUGUCGUUAUUUUAUUGUUUUGGUAACAGCUUUUUGUUUGGACUCCAACCUAUUAGCCAAACUAAUUGAUGAACAAAGUCCGAUUUUAAAGUUUAUCAUAGUCAUUGUGAAACCCAAAUUGUUGCACUUUUUCUGAAGAGUGAGGAAGAAUAUACUCUUUCUCAGGCAAUCUGUUUACAUGCUGUACCGAAAGAUAAGAAGUAUAAGAAAGACAGCACUGUGAAACUAAGGCUUUACCAAAGGUGUGUAAACAUCCUGUGAAUCAUGACACAUUUCGUGGUUUAAAGCCAAAACAUUGUGCACUGAUAGAAAAUACAUAGUGCAUGCAUUCAUACAUUCUGGUGUCAUUACUACAGAUUCAGUUUUUGUUUUAUUUUGUUUUAGCAAAGUAUCUUAAGUUCUUAAUUUGAGAAUUACAGUCAUUUUAGGUUAAUUUGUAGUUUCUUUCUUUGUGGUAUUGUAAAAAUCAUUGAAAUAUAUUUCCUCAAAGUUUGUUGCAUUGCCUUAUGGUUUCUUUUGUAACCUCUUCAAUGUUCCUUUCUUUACAAUUCCUUGGUCAGAUACAUAAGGUUAAAAAUAAUAUGAACAUUUUCUCUUAUUGUCUCGUAUUUUUGUCAGUGAUAGAGAAAGUUUUAAAAGGUGUUUAAAACAUACAGUAUGCAGGAAAAACUAACCUAUUCUAAACUGUGUUUCAGAUUUUAAUGUAUGGAUCAAACAUGUAUUUGACAAAUAUUUUUUCCCAAAAAAUUCUUUGUUCUUUCAACUCACUAUUACCAAUGCUAACACUACCUGAGCAGAAAAUUGGGUUAGUACAAUGGAAGUCUUGUUGCUAGGAAACAGUGCAUUCCUGUGACGUCUUCCUGCUCUCUUCCUGUGGCUGAAAUGUGGGUAUUGUGCAGGCUCUUGUGAAAAUGCUCUACUGAAUUUCUCUCUGGGCUUCAUACCCAAGGCAUGUAUUUUCUACAAGUGCUCCACAGCAACGUGCUGUAAAUAGUAAGAAGAAGUUCAUAUAUUUAAGUGUCAAAAUUUCAUGAAAAACUUACUUUGAACUUUUAAUUUUUAAAAAAUAAAUGUGCAAAUGAA